AUGCCCUCCAACUCUGGGGGCUACACCCAGGUGGAGGUUAAAGGAUAUGACUUACAGACCAAGGAAAGGAAAGGCAGCCAGGGCUUUGUGUUCCCAGACCUGGGUGCCUUGACUCCAGGCAGGGAAUUUCCAGCUAUUUGUGAAUCAGGCCCACCUGGGGAAAUUAAGGAGGCUUCCAAGAAGGGAAAGGGGUCCCAGAUUAUCGCCCUGUGUUCAGGAGGAAUGAGGUACACAGACAAGUGGAGCCAAUUUAGAAUCUACUACACACAUUGCUAUUUGAACACUCACAGAAAACUAUUAUCUUCCCCCUGCCCUCUACAAAGCAUCUCCAGGGCUCAUAUUAUUGUGAGGCCUCUAUUUUCAUCCUUGCAACCAAUGUUCAGAGCUUACAGAGCUUAUCAUAUUUAUUACAUAACAAUAAGACAUAAGCCAAAACAACUUGCUGCUGGGCUUUUAAACAUAGCAACAGCAGAAAUCUUUUCUGGGCUUGAGGAAGAGCCACUUCAAAUGUCUACUACUUUCAGCAAUUUUCUGGUCUAUGGAAUGAAAAGUCUAAAAUUCACAAAAGCCCUCUGCUCCACCAUCGGACUUCAUGACGCAAGGGGGCGGGUCGGGAAGAAAGUGGCGCGCUCCCUCGUUGUUGGGAUUCACAGGCUGCUUCUCAAAGGAGUAUUGCCUGGGUGGCGAAUGCUCUUGGAGGAGAAAAGAGAAAGGCAUGAAACGGGGACCCUUCAAAGUUGCCACCAUGGUAAUGUCACUCAGUGGCACAGGGCUUGUUCUUCCCUUUUGUUCUCUUUUUUUUUUGGGAAGAAGGUUUUGGUUCAGACAUCCUCCACCUUUCUCUGUCCACCACGGCUGGGACAGAGCCCUCCCAUGUGCUCUGCAGAUGCCCUUCGGAAACGCUGCCUCUUCUAUGCGGUGCUUCUGGGCAGCUGGGGAGCAGACAUGGGGACAAGUGCUGGCAGGCCUUCAGGCUUGGACUGGAACUAA